AUGCCGAAGCGUAGAACGAAGAAAACAGCGAAAGCACGGGAAUCAAUACCAGACUCUCAAAUUCAGACGCAGGCACCAGAAUUCAUCGACCUCGAAAUCCAAGCGAUGGAGCGACAAAUUGGAGCGAUCAGGGCGGUUCGCGACGUGGAGAUCGAGCACCUGCUCACGGAGCUGCGAUUGCUGCGCUCGUGUUUCAGCCCCGAGGAGCUUCAGAAGCCCGUGUUGCAGGUUUUUGAAGAAACCCUACCGAACCUCUCUAUCGUGAACGACGAACGCAGCAAGAAUCUGGAAGUGAAAUGGAGAGAGAACGAUGGUUGUAACGACGGAAUGGAUGUGCACGCUUCUCUGCUCCAAAGGUUGUCCAUUGCCUCGAUCCCUCGCUUCCCUGGGUUUGACUAUUCUGUCAGUGCAGGGAGAAUGAGCUUUAUUGGUGCUGAUAAUCUGCAUUUCAAGGACAUUGCUUUGGAGGAGCCAUCGGACACUCACACUCUAGCAGUUCAGGAAGGUCUUCAGACUCCCGGGGUGACUAGUCAGAGGUUAUCUGUUGGGAUGACACCCAAAACACUUAGACUGCCCAAACCUGGCAAGAUGCUUCUCUCUGUUCAUGGAUCACCUCUAGGUGUUUUCAAGGAAAAUAACAUGGAAGCCAUACAUGAGUCAGAGGAGGGUUGA